UCUCCUAUCCCUCUUGUGGUCAAAUUAUUUCAUAUCUCACAUAUAUAAAACAAUGGUGGCAAAGUCUCUUAUUUUUGGGGUGCUAUUAUCAUCGAUGUUGGCUGGGUGCAUGGCCAACAGGAAUUGGGGUUUUGGGUUUAACUACACGGAUUGGCUUCAAAGGCAUCGUAGCUGGUACGGUCAACACCACCCAAACCAAACUCAACAAGUUCCCAGCAAGAUUAUCGUGGGUGGCUCGGAGCACUGGCGCUUCAACUUUAGCUACAUCGAUUGGGCUUUCAAGCAUGGGCCAUUUCACCUAAAUGACAUCCUUGUUUUCAAGUACAAUCCCCUGAAAGGCAAGGACUCGCAUCCGCACAGUGUGUACCAGCUUCCGGACUUGAGGAGCUUCGUGAAGUGUGAUCUGAGCAAAGGGAAGAAGCUGGCGAAUGCGACGCGAGGCGCUGGAGAAGGGUUCGAGGUGGUGCUGGACAAGUGGCAGCCCUACUACUUUACAUGUGGCGAGAGCAAUGGUUUCCAUUGUGACAUUGGACGUAUGAAGUUCUUUGUCAUACCAAUGCUUCGUCCCUGGCGUAUGUAAUCAUAUAGACCAUUAUUAAUACUGCGCGCGUACGUGUGUACCUACAAAUUAUUUGCUCAGUCCCCUAGCUCUUUUCUUUUGUUAAAUUUACUACAUGUCGUUGUUCAAUUGGUUUUUGUAAACUAGUUCACUUAUAUCAUGUCAAUAUAUUUUGGUAUAUAUUGAUAUCUACUUGGACUAUUAUUUAGUCUAAUAAUUAUCCCUAAUGUAGUUCAUUUGUGUUGUCAAAAUAUUUUUGUCACGACCCGAGCCAUAGGCUGUGGCAGAUUUGUAAUAUCUAUAACUUGGGUGGUCAAAGGUCAAAUUUUGACCAUUGUUGGAAAAUAGACUUUAUAAA